AUGAAAAGACUUGCGUUUUUGUGCGUGCAGGCGAAGUGUCGAGUGCUCCAUUCGAGGAAGACGACCAACCGGCCCGUCGGCCAGGCGGUCCUCGAGGACAGGCUAAGGUUCGACGCGGACAGCAAGACGAUCACCGCCGGCAGCAAGAGCAAGAUCAAGGUGUGGGUGGUGGUGGUGGUGCUGUCCGAUCUCGAGGUCCCGCCUCGAGAAGCGAACGGAGAGGUGCAGCUAGUCUCGCGGAACAUGCGCAUCGUCACGGCCUCCACGACCGACUCGCUUGAGCUUCUUGCGUCGGUGAAGGAGGCGUACCGAUUGGAGAGCGGCGGUGGCGGCGGCGGCGGCGGCGGUCGCAAGCGAAAUGUUGGAAGCGGAGGAGGCGGCACCCCGAGAACGAAAGCCUUCAAGCCGUUAAACACGCUUAACCUGGUCUCACGCCCCCCUGCUCAAGCCUCCCGCGGCGGCAAGCGCGGGAAAAAAAUGGCGUCGGUAGCGGCUGCGGCCGGUGGUGCCUCUGGCGGCGAUGCUAAACGCCACCGAUCGGUUCUGGGCGGCAUGGGGGCGAUGUCUUCGGGUACGCUGUAUAGGGGGGGGGGAGGGCUGGAGCGCGGGGGAUCGGGCAAUGAUCGUCGGGGCUACAGAGCCCGCUGCGGCGACGACCAAGAGCUAUCAGAGGCGGAGGCGGCCAACAGCAGCAGCAACACCCACAGCGAAACCAACCGCAACAGCAACAGCAACAACAGUGGCCGUCCCGGCAUCCGCAACAACAACAACAGGGGUGGCGGCGGUGGCGGCGGCGGCGGCAGCCGGUGCUACGGCAGCGGCGUUGGAGACAGGUUCCAGACAAACAGACGGAGGCGGGAGGCGGGAAUCGGCAGCACCUCCCCUACCCCCCGCGGCAACGGCGAGUCUCCCCCGACCCCGCCUCUGCUCAAAGGGGCGGCGGCGGCGGCCGGCAGGAGGGGUGGCAUCCACAGCAAGAGCGUCAGCAUCGAAAGCUGCUGGAACGACCGAGGAGGACGGGGAGGAGGAGGAGGGCAGCAGCUGACGCGGUACAUGACACACCGCGAGCCGUUGUCGCGCAGGGAGGGCUUCCGCAACAUGGGCAACACGUGCUACCUCAACGCCUGCCUGCAGGGAUUGCUGUCGCUGUCUGACUUUGUGGGCGAUCUCCGCCGGAAGUGCUGGGUCCUCGCCAUGCUCAAGCCGCCGCCGCCAGCGGCCACCGGUGGCAUUGACGGCGACCGUGUUGAUGUCGCGGGAGACGGCAACGGGGGCGGCGACCAUGCGAUCGAUAUCCGAGACUCUCCACACCGGCGAGCGGUGGCGGUGAACGGCGACGAUGAGGACGGAGGCGAUACGCACACGCCGCCGCCGCCACCGCCCAUCCUGUACGAAGCCCUGCUCCGGCUGUCCCUGGAAGCGAGGGGGUCCCACGGGCUGAUGGACGCGUCCCCGCUCAAAAGGGCCAUGGACAGGCACUCAGACCGUUUCGCCGGCAACCUCCAGCAAGACGCCCACGAGUUUCUCGGCGACCUCGUGAACGCCCUGCACGAAGAGACGCAACCCCGCCUGGACAUCGCCGCCGGGUACGUUGGAAAACCUCUUGCUGCUGCUGCUGCUGCUGCUGCUGCUGCUGCUGCUGCUGUGGGCGAAGGUGGGGACAAGGGGAAGAAGGUGAAGGCGGCGGUGGGAGCGGAGCGAUCCGGCAGAACCCGAAAAACAAGUAGCGGCGGCGGCGAUGGGAGGUUUGGUAGUGGCGGCGGCGGUGGUGGUGGCAUUGGCAGUGGCGAUAGCGGCGGUGGGGUGACAAUGGUCGAUCUCAGCUCCACCGACUCGGGAGACGAGGGGCGGGAGGAGCCCGACGUUUACGGCAGCGGUUGGGAUGACGGCGAGGACUUCGCUGCUGCCGCUGAAGCUGCUGCCGCUGAAGCUGCUGCCGCAGCCGCCGCCUCCGCCACCGCUAGCGGUAGUGCUGGUAGUGUCGGCGGUGGUGGUGUUGUCGAGGUCUUGGACUUGGAUUCCGACGGUAGCUACAGCGAUGACUAUCGCAACGGCGCUACUGCUGCUGCUUCGUCGCCUCCUACGGCGCCGAAGCUGUCGACGACGACGACGACGACAGCGACCAGGGGGGGGACCGGGGGAGAGGGUGGAGAUGAGGACGGCGAGGGGCCAGAGGGGGGUAGGGAAGACGAAGAGGCGCUGCGACAAAAGGAGCGGCUCAUGCCGACCACGAGACAUUUCCACGCCGAGGUCGAGGCCACCCUCACGUGCACGAAGUGCUCCUACUCCAGGCGGAGGCGAGAGCUGUACCGCGACUUCUCCCUCGACGUCCCAGAGCCGGCGAGGCGGAAGCAGCAGCAGCAGCAGCAGAAGCAGCGGGGGGGGGGAGGAGGUAGGACCGGCGGCGGCGGGGACGGUGGCGUUUCCGAGCUGGGGGACCUUUUGGACAACUUUUUCCAGCCUUCGGAGCUUAGCCUCCGGUGCGAGCGGUGCGGCCACGACCGAGUCCGAGCGGAGCACUCCCUCGCCGAGCUGCCGGGAGCGUUGGUCCUGCACAUCAAGCGCUUCAAGCCCGUUGCGUCGGCACCACCACCACAACUACCGCCGCCCAAGGCCAAGGUGGUGGACUCGUCGUCCGAAGCCAAGUUGCCGGUUGCGGGGUCGGCAGAAUCGCCGCUGUCGCUGCCGCCGCCGCCGCCGCCGCCGCCAGUGGGACGGCCGUCAACCGCGCCGGCGGGAGCUUUCGCGAUCGCCGGUGUUGCGUCCCCGGAGGAUGACGCCGGUUGUGCGACUGCGGUGGAAGCCGGCGGGUCGUCCGAAGGCGUCGUUGCUAGUACUCCUCCCGUUGCCGUGGUGGGGGGAGGCAGCACGGGGGCUAGCAGUAGGAGCGGGAGCAGCGGAAGCGGCGUCACCAGCGGCGGCGGCGGCGGCGGCGGCGGCCGGUCCUACGGCGGCGUGUCGUACGUCAAGCUGGCGUCGCCGGUUUCCGUCCCUCUGGAGCUGGACCUCGAGCGGUUCUGCUCGGGGUACACCGGCAACGCCCCCGCAGAGGAUCUCGGCAAGCAGGUGGACUCCCUCGACGGGCUAGGCAUCCCCCGAGUCCCCCGCUCCCCCUCGGCGUUCGCCAGCCUCCGCGCCGCGGGGACCGGCCUCUGUGCCGCCAACCGAUCGGGACCGAAUCCCGCCGGCGGCGGUGGGGAGAAGCGGCCCACUGAUGGCGUUUCGGUUGACCUGUUCGCGCGAGAAGGUUGGUCAUCGACAUCGUCGGGCCAAGCCGGUGUCGGGGAAGGCGGAGGCGGCGGAAGCGUCGCCCCGGGGGUGAACAGGCGGGCCCUGGGGCCGCUGGGGGAAACGACGAACAGCAGCAGCGGCGGCGGCGGCAUCGGCGACAGGAGGAGGGGCAUCCGGGAGACGGUAGCCGAAAGGAGGGAAAGGGUGGCCAAGGAGAAGGAGAACUGCAGCGCCGCUUCCGGCGGUGGGGACCGCUGGGCGGACCAAGACGAGACGACGAGCCGCAACCGCAGCCACAAGCUCCACAACAAUGUCUGUCUCGGGCCGGACGGGAAGGUCGACUACCUCGACACCCUAAGGUCGCUCAACAAGCCCGACAGCACCGGUGGCCUUCGUGGUCGCCGGCGGUCACCCCUCCCGGGUGUGGGGCUUUUUAGCGGCGGCGGCGGGGGCGGGCACCGCGCGGAGCUCGGUCGGAGCGACCUCCGGAUGGCUGACCAUGCAAGCGCGGGGUCGUUGGCGCGGAGGGACCUCAAGAGGAAGAGAAGGCAGGAGAUCGACGACGACAAUGAGAAGCAGGUAUGAGGAGCCGAUUAUUGCGUGCCUCCCCCCUCCCCCGAUGGUGUGUGGGUGGCGGGUUUUUGUUGUCGGGCCUGAGCUCCGCCGGCUUAUUUCUAUGGUGCCAAUUCGGUUCGGCGGGAGCGGGAGGCGAGAUGGUUGGCGGCACAGCGGGGCGCCUUUGCGGUGAACCACCCCUCCCACGGACCAAUGUGUUCCCACAUGACCGCUCCCCUCUAGCCAAUGGUCGAACAGCGAAGGCAUGCAAAUCAUGAGUAACACCCCUCCCCCCCUCCCGCCCCCCGCCAUUCUAGACUGAAGUGAGUUGGCGGUGUUGGCAAAGCGCUGUAAAACACGCCACCGCAAAUAUAGCCCCCAUAGUAUGCGCUACCAAAGACGCGUGACGCAUGGAUGCGUGGAGUGAGGAUAGCUUACGGAAACCUCACAGGUUGAGUGAUGUAGGAGAUUGCCGGCCACAUAGACGUGUUGAGUGAUUAUAGCUGUAUACUGAAACCCCAAGGGUUGAGUGAGGUUUGAGAUUGCCAGACACAUGGGCGGGUUGAGUGGGGAUAGCUGCAUACUGAAACCCCACGGGUUGAGUGAUGUUGGAGUGCCGGACACAUAGACGCGUUGAAUGAGGAUAGACAUAUACUGAACCUCACAGGUGAUUUGUGAUGGAGAUUGCCGGACACAUAACGCUUUGAGUGAGGAUAGCUGCAUACUGAAACCUCACAGGUGCAUUGUUUGCCAGACACAUAGACGCGUUGAGUGAGGAUAGCUGCAUACUGA